UAUGGUAAACUCCAACGAUCUCAAGCACAAGAAAAAAGCAAGAGAAGGCCAAGAAAUUCAAGUGUAAAAUAUUUAAUUAGAGGGAAUAAGAAAUUUACUAUAGAAUCUAGAAAAAGAUUUAGAUUAUAUUAAGGGAUUAGAAGCUAAAGAAAUGAUAGAUUCAGAAGAAAAACAUAAACAUAAAAUUUCAUCUGAUUUAGAUGAAAUUAAAGGUAAUAAACUAUUUAAUAAAUUAGAAACCUGUCAGCCAAUAAAAAUUAAUGAAAAACAUUAGAAAAAAAAGAUAAAAAAAUAGAAAGCUCAUAAAAAAUAGUUUGAUAAGAUAGGGAAGAUUAAGAGGAUAAAGAGGGAAAAUAAGUGA